AUGCCCGCGAAUGCCGACAAGUCCAGGCAAACCUCGGCUGGAAAGUCCUUUUUUGGGAGGAAACUGUACAAAGACAAGCCAACGGAUGAUCGCCAUGAUGGAUACGCGGGUUCCUACGACAGUCUGGCCCCGCCAGGAAGCGCCGCGGGUUCGCGUUCAUCCCGCCAUUCGAAACGCUCUUCGGUCCAGUCCUUCGACUUGACGCAUGAUCUUGACCCCGGCAGUAUUGCGCCCACGGCUGGUGUCAUCACUUCUCUCCCGUUCGAAAGUCUCUCUUCUGAUACCAGAAUAUCCAUUCCCGUUGAUACCAUGUCUCGACCCGAAUCACGCCAUGAACCCUCCCCCAACAAUAUUGGCAAGGCCGGCGGCGACUACCAUCAAUAUCCUGUAUGGGCCUCGACCUCCGCACCCAACGGCUCUUCGGCGCAUCCCUCCGGUCCUCGUCCACCCCCGCAUGCUACGAAUAUGACCAUGACGAGUAGUUCGUCCGGCGACCGUGGUGCCAGAUACCAGCAGUGGGGACGUCCAGGAAGUAGUUCUGCUGCCAACGCCGGACUGAGCCAUAACUCCUCUAUUGAUUCUUCCUCCAAUUCUCGCACUUCUCUCGACCAAGCCAGCUUAUACUCAUCCCAUUCGUCGAAUACUCGCGGAUCCAACUAUUUCUCUGCCUCUGAUAGCUCCGGCCGUACACCUACGACUUCAUCAUAUUCGAACGACCGCAGUAUGAUGGUACCUAGCGGAAGCGCUGGUCGUUUAUCAAAUGCGCAAUCCGCCUGGCAAGCCUCGCAACCUGUUCCCGCAGCCGUACCCCGCCCAGCUGAUCAAUAUCUUACUCGACCAAGAGAUGACCGCGUUGUGGACCAACUGUUUCUGGAGUUGAUGCAUAAGCGUGGUUGGCAAAAUCUCCCCGAGCAGGCCAAGCGACAGAUGAUGUCGUAUCCAGCUUCGAAAAAGUGGACAUUGGUGCACCAAGAUCGACUGACGGAAUUACAAGGAGAGCAGAAGAGGCGGCAGAAUGCUCGUCAAACUCACGGUCAUGAUGGAUUAUCGGGUCUGUUGGAGCGCGCAGAUGAAGAAGGGAGUCCGGAGUGGUAUGUGAAGAAGGUGAUGGAUGAUACAAUUACUUCCAAACAACUCGCAAGUUUGAGCGUCAGUUUGCGAACACAGCCGAUCAGGUAG